GUGUGAUGAGUGGUGGGGAAUUGUUUUGUGCAUUGUUUUUAAACCCACCGAGGAGCGUAAUCAUGAUUACCAACUGGACUAUCUCUUUGAAGUGGAUGAAUGCCUAAUGACUUAUUACGCAUUUGGACUUGGAGACCCUACUUUUUUUAUUAAAAUUACGGCAGAAUAUGGAGGGGAAUGGUCUCGUACAUAUUAUAUGUCAGAAUAUGUUAAAGUGGAAUCGCAUCAUCUUUGGCUGCAUAGUCUGUCCAAGGAAUGUUUACUUCCAACAGAGAUUGAUAAUAAGCGAUUCCAUGAAGUUGAGCUUGAAAUAGAGACCGGGCGCAUGGAGGUGGAGAAAAUUGGGCUUCGUGUGGUAUAAAAGCAAGACAUUGAAGAUCCCAAUUGAGAUGCUUUCUUCAGUUGGUGAUGAAAUCUAGGGUUUGAAGAUCCCAACCAAAAUAUGCGAAGCCCAUGAUGAGGAUGAUGGGGAAUUCUUUUCUUCACUUCUUUUACCUAAAUUUACAAAAGACACCUUGCCUUGUUCAGAUGUUGAUUUUCCUCAAUGAUUUGCACACCUACGUAUAAUUGAAGUUAGAUAAACGAAGGCCUGUUUGUUCUUUCUCUAAAAGGAGCAGCAAUAGAAGUGUUCCCAUCAUCCGUUGGACGUUUGACUGCCCUUCAGGAGUUAAAUCUAAGUGAUUGCAAAAAUCUUGUGUCUUCCUAGCAACAUUUGUAGUUUGAAGAUGCUAAAAAAUCUUCAUCUUUUUGAAUGCUCAAAAUUUGUCAACUUGCCAGAGAAUCUAAGGAAUCUUGAAAGCCUGUUUAAUCUUUCUCUAAGAGGAAUAGCAAUAGAAUUGUUGCCAUCUUCCGUUGGACGUUUGACUGCCCUUCGGCAUUUGAAUUUAAGUGAUUGCGAAAAUCUUUUGUGUCUUCCUGAAAGCAUCUCCCAACUCUCUAGAAUUACAAGGCUCAACUUGGAUGGUUGCAAGAGGCUUCGAUGGUUACCAGAUAUUCGGUCACAAGAUUGUAAUAUAAAUGUAAACAACUGUACCACACUGGAGAGAUUCCCAGAAAGCCCAAAAAAUUGUCCCUUCUGGUGUCGUCACUUUGAUUUCUGUGUCGCGUGUGUCAAUUGCUUCAAUAUUCAAUUCUGUGUCAAGGGACUAACAAGUGGUAAAUUAGUGGGGAGAUUACCUUACGUUCUUCCUGUAAAACAAAUUCCAAAUGGAUUUGAAAAGGCCAACAUACGUGAUAGUUCAGUUUUGGCAUCUCCAAGUUUCCACAGAUGCGAUUAUUCAGUGAACAUGCAAUUGCCACGGUCGGGGUUUGAUGAGUUGUGGGCAAUUCUUUUGUGCGUUGUUUUUGUACCCUGCGAGCAUUAUAAUCACUCACAUUAUCUGAUUGAAAUCAAAUCGAAUAAAGUAUGGUUUCAACGUAUUGCGUCAGAAUAUGGUAAAAUUGAAUCGCAUCACCUUGCGCUGAGCCUGCACUAUUUGAAUUUCUUCGAUCUGGAAACCCCUGGCUGGUCUAUUGAUGAGAAGGGAUUCCAUGAAGUUGAGUUUACAAGCUACCGGGAGCGUGGAGGUGGAGACAGUAGGGUUCCGUUUGUUAAACAAGCAAGACAUCACAUCAAAGACUCGGAUGAUUGGGAGGAAGUCUGGGACGAUGGGACACGGGCAUAGAUUGUGAGGAAUCCAGUCAAGAGAAUUUUUUUCCUCAUCUUUUACCUGCUUAUCAAAGAGUUUGACAGAAAAGCCAAGGAUUUGGAGAGUAGAAAUGAUCCGGACACUAACAAGAUGCUGAAUGAGAAAAAACAGUCAAUGAUCAAAGAGUUGAAUUCAUAUGUUGCUCUUAAAAAGCAAUAUGCGUCCAAUCUUGAAAACAAGCGAAUUGAUCUCUUUGAUGGGGGCACGGAAGGAUAUGGUGAAGAUAAUGUCUUGCUAGCAUCAACAGCCAUGACAAAUCAACAGCUAGUAGAUAGUGGAAACCAGAUGAUGGAUGAGACUGAUCAAGCCAUUGAGAGGUCAAAAAAGACUGUUCAAGACACUGUCAAUGUUGGAACAGAGACUGCAGCAGCACUCAAGGCUCAGACUGAACAAAUGAGUCGGGUUGUUAAUGAGCUGGACUCUAUCCAUUUCUCGAUCAAGAAAGCUUCUCAACUUGUGAAGGAACUUGGUAGGCAGGUUGCAACUGAUAAGUGUAUUAUGGCAUUACUCUUCCUUAUUGUUGUUAGAGUCAUUGCCAUCAUUAUUGUUAAGCUCGUGAACCCAAACAACAAGGACAUCAAGGAUAUUCCAGGAUUAGCCCCACCAGCAAUGACUCGGAAAUUACUUUGGAGUGCUAGUUAAAAAUUUAGACAUGGUUCAUCUAAUGAGAUUGUGAUGAUGAUUUGUCAUCUUAUUGGAUGGAAUAGCUUAGCUUGUGAUGCUGUUGGUGGCACCUGUUUUAUAGAGCUAGUCUACUUGAGUAUGGAUUUCAUUCUAGUGAUUUUUCUGCAGAGUGGUCAAACUUUCCCAAACGAUAGUCUCUCAAACAACUGCUGGGAUUCAUUAGCGUCAAUUGGAAGUGGUCUGUUUGAUUACUUCUUCCCGACUGAAAAAUCAUUCCUAUUUGAGGGAAACUAAAAAAUGUGUAGAUUGUGUUGGUUCACACCAUGUAUUUGCUACACUUGUAAGAUAUUUGAUCUACACUUCAUAAUUUAUUUAUAUUUUUUUUGGGAAAAAAUUUUGUUAUUUACUAUUUAUUUUGA